GGAUUUUUUUUUUUAACGGGCUCCUAUCGAGAGAUAGGAUAUUUCCGAUAUCACCUGAAGGCAGCAACAGUAUGCAACCCCACCUGAGCCGCUGUGGAGGAGAGGAGCGAGGCAGAACCAUAGCCUACAGCUCUACUGUAUCAAGCCACCAAGUGUGAUGACUGUGAGCGGAUCGGCAGCAGAAAGCUGUGGACUGCAGAGGAAAUAAGAGGACGGAUUCUCACAAACAGAAGCCUCCAUCAUCUAAGAGAUGAUCGCAAGAAAUCAUUUACCAACAACUGCCAGGAUUUAUGUGAAGUGAAGUUUGGAGCCGGCGAUCACCCAGCUGGUCUGGUGGUUCUGUGAAGAUCACGGUACGAUAAUGGGGAAGCACUUGGUUUCGCUGCUCGUGCUGCUCCUGCAGCUCCUCUGUGGCUGCGCAGGGAACCAAAGGACGACGAGGGCCGCCUCCAUGCAAUUCACCCACUCUGUUUACAACGCCACCAUAUACGAGAACUCUGCUGCUAAGACUUACUUAGAAAGUCACACCAAGAUGGGGAUCUAUAUCACGGAGCCAUCCUGGGAGAUACGGUACAAAAUCAUCUCUGGAGACAAUGAGAACUUAUUCAAAGCAGAGGACUACCUGCUGGGAGAUUUCAGUUUUUUGCGAAUAAGGACCAAAGGAGGCAGCACUGCCAUUCUGAACCGGGAGGUUAAAGACCACUACAUGCUGACUGUUAAGGCGUCAGAGAGGAGCACUAACUUUGAGUGUCGCACCAAAGUGAAGGUGCAGGUACUGGACACCAAUGAUCUGAGGCCUCUCUUCUCCCCGACCUCCUACAGCAUCUCUCUGCCGGAGAACACGGCCAUACGCACCAGCGUGGCCAAGGUCACGGCGACGGAUGCUGACAUCGGUACGAACGGAGAGUACUACUACAGUUUCAGGGACUGGACGGACAUGUUUGCAGUUCAUCCAACGAGUGGUGUGGUGACGCUGACCGGCAAACUAGACUUCUCUGAGACCAAGCUGUACGAGUUGGAGAUUCUGGCGGUGGACCGAGGAAUGAAGCUGUACGGCAGCAGUGGCUUCAGUAGCAUGGCCAAACUCACAGUUAGAGUGGAGCAGGCCAACGAGCACGCACCUGUAAUCACUGCUGUGACUUUGGCCCCCUCUGAUGCAGACCAUGACCCCACCUACGCCAUUGUGACUGUGGAGGAUGGCGACCAGGGACCAAAUGGAGAGAUAGCAUCCUUGAGCAUCGUGGCCGGUGACCCUUUACAGCAGUUCAAGGCUGUGAGGAGCAGCCCCGGGAGCAAGGAGUAUAAAAUAAAAGCGGUCAAAGAUGUAGACUGGGACAGCCAGCCAUUUGGAUAUAACCUCACUUUACAGGCGAAGGACAAAGGCAGCCCCCCUCAAUUUUCAUCUGCUAAAUUGGUACAUGUCACUUCUGCACAGUUCAAAGUGGGGCCUCCUAUAUUUGAAAAGGCAGUUUACAGAGUCAAUCUGAGUGAAUUUGCCCCUCUUCUUACACCUGUCACUAUGGUAACAGCUGUGCCAAAGUACCCACAGAUAAAGUACGCCUUCAGACACAAAUCUGACAAGAACAGAUUUACUAUCAAUCCAGAUACUGGCUUAAUCAGCACCGCAGGACCAAUCAAUGCUGAUUUUGCGCCCCGAUUUGAGCUAGACGUGAUCACCAGUGACAAAAAGGCAGCAACUAGAGUGAUUGUUAAUGUGAUUGAUGUGAAUAACAAUGCACCUGAGUUCCAGCAGACAUCCUACAAGGCCACUGUUGAUGAGAAUGUGCCCAUAGGGACCAGUGUGCUCACGGUUAAAGCCACUGAUCUCGAUAAAGGCGAGAACGGCUACGUGACCUACAGCAUCACCAACGUGAGCCCUCAACCGUUUGUCAUCGACUACUUCUCUGGUGUCGUCAGCACCUCGGAGGUCUUAGAUUAUGAGCUCAUGCCGAGGAUUUAUUACCUCAAAGUCAGGGCGUCAGAUUGGGGAUCCCCUUACCGGAGAGAGGUGGAGGCAUCAGUCACCGUCACGUUAAAUAACCUGAAUGACAACAAACCCCUGUUUGAGAAUGUGGACUGUGAAGUGACUGUGCCGAGAGAUCACGGCGAGGGAGAGCAGAUAACUACCGUGUCCGCCAUAGACGCAGAUGAGCUGCAGCUGGUACGGUACCAUAUUAAAGCUGGGAAUGAUCUGGAUCUGUUUGAACUGAACCCAAACUCUGGCGUGCUCUCACUGAAGCACACGCUGAGUGAAGGGGAGGCAGCUAAAGUGUCCUUUCAUAGUUUACAAGUCAUCGCGACGGACGGCGAGCACGAGACUCGGCCGAUGUUCAUGAACAUAACUGUCAUCACGGCGCGCAAGCCCGUCCAGUUAAAAUGUGUGGAGACUGGUGUCGCUACCAUGUUGGCUGAGAAGCUGCUCCAGGGCAGCAAAAUCACGCAAACUGAGCCGGAUGACAAUUUUAUGGACUUUCACUCAGUGAACCGCUUCACUCCUCAGUUUUCUGAGUCUUUUCCCAGCGUUAUUGAAGUGAAAGAGGACCUGCCGGUCGGGGCUCGGAUCGUCCAUUUGAGCGCCACGGACUCCGAUAGUGGCUUCAAUGGGAAACUAGUGUACGUUAUCUCAGGAGGAGACACAGAAAGCCGCUUCAUAGUUGAUAUGGAGACCGGUUGGCUCUUGGUUUAUGCUCCACUCGACAGAGAAACAACAGACCAGUACACCCUCAACAUUACAGUUUAUGACCUUGGCAUACCACAGAAAUCCUCAUCACGCCUCCUGGGUGUUAAGAUCCUUGAUGCCAACGAUAACAGCCCCCAAUUUUUGCAGGACGCAUAUUCAGUUGACAUAAGCGAGAGCACACCUGUCGGGACGGAAAUCAUCCAGGUGGAUUCGACCGACAGGGAUCAAGGGGAUAAUGGGGUUGUGAAGUAUUCAAUUUUGGGAGGCACGGAUCAUUUCACGAUCCAUGAAGAGACCGGCGUUGUGACUGUGACGAAGCCGUUGGAUCGUGAGCUGCACCCGGUUUACGUCUUGAAGAUCGCGGCACGUGACCAGGCAGCGAAUGAGCCUCAGUUGGUGUCCACAGUGCCACUUAAAAUCACCUUGGAGGACGUGAACGAUAAUCCACCUAAAUUUGUUCCCCCUAACUAUCGUGUAAAGGUGAGGGAGGACCUCCCUAUCGGUACUGUCGUCAUGUGGCUGGAGGCCCACGACCCGGAUAUCGGACCUUCCAGUCAGGUACGAUACAGCCUCAUUGAUAACGGAGACGGGAAUUUUGAGGUGGACAAACUCAGCGGCGCUGUGCGGAUCGUGCAGAAUCUAGAUUACGAGACGAGACAGGUCUACAACCUGACGGCCAAAGCUAAAGACAAAGGGAAGCCCAUGUCCUUGUCGUCAACCUGUUUCAUUGAAGUGGACGUUGUGGAUGUGAAUGAGAAUCUCUACAGGCCUUUGUUCCGAUCGUUUGUGGAAAAGGGAUUUAUAAAAGAGGACGCACUUGUUGGAACUUCGGUCAUGACUGUAUCCGCUGAAGAUGAAGACAAAGAACGAGACGGAGAGAUCAGAUACUCCAUACGAGAUGGAUCUGGCCUGGGGAUAUUUACCAUCGACGAGGAAACCGGUAUCAUCCGAACGCAGGAACUGUUGGAUCACGAGACGACGUCUCACUACUGGCUCACGGUCUACGCCAUGGAUCGCGGCGUGGUGCCGCUGUCUGCCUUCGUCGAGGUCUACAUCGAGGUGCAGGACGUCAAUGACAACGCGCCGCAAACCUCCGAACCCGUCUACUACCCAUCCGUCAUGGAGAACUCCCCUAAAGAUGUGUCAAUCAUCCAGAUAAAUGCGGUCGAUCCAGACGCCAAGGCCAGUGAUAAACUCACCUACAGGAUCACCAGCGGCAAUCCCCAGGGGUUCUUCGCCGUUAAUGCCAAGACAGGUCUGGUGACAACUACUUCAAGAAAGCUGGACAGGGAGCAACAAGACGAGCACAUUCUGGAGAUCACAGUCACAGACCACGGCGUCCCUGCCAAGUCCACCACUGUCCGCGUCAUCGUCCGGGUCCUGGACGAGAACGACAACAGGCCGUUGUUCCUGGAGAAGAUCUAUAAGAUAAAGCUUCCAGAGCGGGAGAGGCCGGAGAGAGAGCGAGCCACGAAGAGAGACCCGGUGUAUCGGGUCAUCGCCUCAGACCGUGAUGAGGGACCCAACGCUGAGAUCUCUUACAGCAUCGAAGAGGGAGACGAAAACGGAAAGUUCUUUAUCGAGCCCAAGACCGGCCUGGUGUCCUCCAAGAAGUUCUCGUCUGCCGGAGAGUACGACAUCCUCACAAUUAAAGCUGUCGACAAUGGACGUCCUCAGAAAUCCUCCACUUGUCGUCUGCACAUCGAGUGGAUUCCCAAACCCGAGCUGCCGGCUGAUGCGGCUCCUCUGCUUUUCGAGGAGUCCCCCUUCACCUUUUCUGUAAUGGAAAGCGACCCUGUGGCGCACAUGGUGGGGGUAGUCGCCACAGAGUCCUCUGAUGUUCCCGUGUGGUUUGAAAUCACAGACGGCAUAGAGGAUUCUGAGAUGUUUUACAUCCUUCAGAUGGCUUGUGACCACAACUGUACAGCAGAAGGUGGUAAUUAUGACAGCCGCUUUGACGUGGGCAAGGCCAGUGGAACCUUGAUUGUCGCUCGGCCCCUGGAUACCGAGCAGAAAUCAAAUUACAACCUGACGGUGGAAGCCACAGAUGGGACACGAACUGUCAGCACCCAGGUGCUGAUCCGUGUCAUUGACACCAACAACCACCGGCCACAGUUCUCUCAGCAGGUGUACGAGGUGAACGUCCCUGAAGACAAACCUGCAGGGACCGAAGUCCUGCAGAUCAGCGCAGUGGACAGAGAUGAAAAGAACAAACUGACCUUUACCCUCCUGAGCAGCACUGAUCCCUUCAGCCUCAGGAAGUUCCGCCUGGACCCGGGAACAGGCGUCCUGUACACGGCCGAGCGGCUGGACCACGAGACGAUGCACCGUCACAUCCUCACCGUCAUGGUCCGGGACCAGGACAUCCCAGUGAAGAGGAACCUUGUGCGUGUUAUCGUCAACGUGGAUGACACCAACGACAACGCGCCCUGGUUUAUAGGCCUGCCGUACUCAGGCCGUGUGUUUGAAUCUGCAGCCAUCGGCUCGGCUGUGCUGCAGGUCACAGCUCUCGACAAAGACAAGGGCGACAACGCAGAGAUCGUCUACAGCAUCGAAUCAGGAAAUGUUGCAAACUCAUUUGCCAUCGACCCUGUGCUCGGGACAAUUACAGUUGCCAAAGAGCUCGAUCGCAGCAGCAAGACCCUGUUUGAACUCACCGUUAAGGCAUCGGAUAAUGGAAUACCUCCACUGUCAACUACAGCCACUGUGCACAUUGUGGUAACAGUUUCUGACAAUGCAGCCCCUAAAUUCACUGAAAAGGACGUCUCAGCAGAAGUCAGUGAAUCAGUCCAUCCUGGAAGCUUUGUGAGUUUGGUCACAGCUGACAGCCAGUCGUCUGUUUUCUAUCAAAUAAAAGGUGGCAACAUCAACAACGCAUUUGAUAUAAACCCCAACUCUGGAGUGGUUGUAACCCAGAAAGCUUUAGACUAUGAGACCACCCCUCAGUACAAGCUCAUCGUACAGGGCACCAACAUGGCCGGACUUUCCAGCAACGCAAGUCUUCUGAUUCACCUGAAGGAUGAAAAUGACAACGCUCCAGUUUUCCUUCAGAAGGAAUUCAAAGGAGUAAUCAGCGAGUCGUCCCCCGUCAACAGUGUCGUUCUGACCCGUGAAAACACUCCUUUCGUUAUCCGCGCCUCCGAUGCCGAUUGCGACCAGAAUGCCAUGCUCAUCUACCAAAUCGUCGAACCGUUUGCACACAACUAUUUCGCCAUCGACUCGAGCACCGGAGCCAUCAGGAUCACGACAGGUUUGGAUUACGAACAGAGAAGCGUUUUCCGAUUCACAGUCCAGGUUCAUGAUCUGGGAAUGCCACGCCUGUUUGCAGAGACGGCUGCCAAUGUGACCAUUGAAGUAAUUGAUGUUAAUGACUGUCCGCCAGUUUUUAGCCAAGAACUGUAUGAGAAGACUGUCAUAGUGCCAACAUACAAAGGGGUGGAAGUCAUCAAAGUCAACGCUACAGACUCAGACUCUGGGCCCAACUCCAAACUUCUAUUCUCCAUAUCUGAGGGAAACAUUGGUGAUAAAUUUAAAAUAGAUCCCAUCACGGGCAUAAUCUCCGUUCAUAAUGUCUCACAGCUCAGGAGCAGAUAUGAAUUAAAGGUCAGGGUUUCUGAUGGUAGGUUUGCCUCUGUUGCUACAGUCAAGAUAAAUGUUAAGGAAAAUAAGGAGAGUAAGCUGAAGUUCACCAGGGAGUCCUACAAAGCCUACGUCCAAGAAAACUCAUCCGAGAAGAAAACACUUGCCGUCAUUGCUGCUGUGGGGAACCAGGUGAACGAACCCUUGUUUUACAAAAUACUGAAUCCUGACAGCAGGUUUGAAAUCAGCCGCACAUCUGGUGUACUCUCAACCACUGGAAUUCCCUUUGAUCGUGAGGUGCAGGACAGAUUUGACAUCGUUGUUGAGGUCACCAGAGAGGACAAAUCUGAAGAUGGGGCUCAUGUUCUAGUAACUGUGACUGUGGAGGAUGUAAAUGACAAUAAACCUAUGUUUGUGAACCUGCCCUAUCAUGCCCUGGUCCAGAUGGACGCAGAGGAAGGCCAGGUCAUCAGACAAGUCACAGCGGUGGACAAAGACAUGGGCCCGAACGCAGAUAUCCAUUAUCACCUUCAGGAACACCAGGAGCACUUUCAAAUUAGCCCCUCUGGUGAAAUCUCUCUCAAAAAGAAAUUUGAGAAGGACUCGCUGAACAAAGACUUUGUCAUCAUUGUUAUGGCAAAGGAUAAUGGAGAGGCAGCACUCUCAGCUGAAGUGGAAGUGCCAAUAACAGUGGUGAACAAAGCGAUGCCUGUGUUUGAGAAGCCUUUUUACAGCAUUGAAAUCCCUGAAAACAUUCAGUUACACACACCUGUGCUUCAUGUUCAGGCCAAUGAUUCUGAAGGACCUCGUAUUGUGUACACCAUCUCUGAAGGAGAUCCUUUCAAACAGUUCUCUAUUGAUUUCAACACAGGUGUCAUUCAUGUGAUUCAGCCUCUGGACUUUGAGACACAUCCGGCCUAUAAGUUAAAUGUAAGAGCUACAGAUUCUCUGACUGGAGCGCACUCAGAAGUGUUUGUCGAUAUCAUACUGGAAGAUGUGAAUGACAACGCGCCCGUGUUCCUGUCAAAGACCUACUACGCCAAUAUUUCAGAGGCGUCCGUCAUUGGUACAGCCGUUUUGCAAGUUGAUGCCAAAGAUUCUGAUACUGGUAAUAACCAAGAAGUAUUCUUCCAGUUGGUUGAGGAAAAGGGGAAACGUUCAGAUUAUUUCACCAUUGACCGCAACACGGGAAUAAUCUCUACAGCUCAAGUUCUUGAUCACGAGGAGAUCCAGCAGCACAAGUUGAGAAUCCGCGUCGUGGACGGAGGAGUCCCAGCCCUAUCGAGUGAUGUCUUUGUGACGAUAGACGUCACUGAUCUGAAUGACAACGCGCCGGUAUUUACAGAGCACACUUACAAAACUACUAUUAGCGAGCUGGCCCCACGUGGACACUUCAUCAUCCAGGUCCAGGCAUCGGACGCUGAUAGCUCAGACUCUGAUAACUUGGAGUUUUCAAUAAUAUCCGGCAAUGAGGAUCAGAACUUUUCCAUCAACAAACGCACAGGCGCAAUCGCCAUUUCCAACCACCGAAGGCCACACAUGCAGCCUUUUUACAACCUCAACGUGUCCGUAUCAGACGGCGUAUUCAGAAGCUCAGCCCUUGUCACUGUGACAGUUACUGGAGCCAAUCUCCACAACCCCACCUUUGCUCAGGUGGACUACGUGGUGGAGCUAGUUGAAAACUCACCUGCUGGUACAUUGGUAGCAGAGGCGAAGGCGACAGAUGACGACGAAGGCAUUUAUGGGCAGAUAACCUACCAGAUUGUCAAUGACUUUGCAAAAGACAAGUUCUCUGUCAGUGAAGAUGGGGAGAUUUUCACUCUGGAGAGCCUCGAUCGUGAGAAUACCAUCGAAAAGGUUAUUCCUAUUUCACUCAUAGCUAAAGACGGUGGUGGAAAAGUAGGCUUUUCUAUUGUCAAUGUCAUUCUCACAGAUGUCAAUGACAACGCCCCGCAAUUCAGGGCAGUUGAGUACAAAGCCACUAUUGCAUCAGACGCCUCAAGGGGAACCUCUGUGGUUAAAAUUGCUGCUUCAGACAUGGAUGAAGGCAGCAACGCUGACAUCGAGUAUUCAAUCGAGGCAGAUGUUGAAAACGUGGAGGAGAACUUUGAAAUCCACCCAACCUCUGGGGUCAUUAUUACCAAAGAGAGUCUCAUUGGACUUGAAAAUGAGCUCUACGCAUUCUUUGUGCGGGCGAAGGAUACUGGGAAUCCACCCAAACAUUCUGUCGUUCAGGUUUACAUCAGGAUUGUUGCACCAGAGACCCCACUUCCCAAAUUCGCCGAACCACAUUACCGCUACACAAUUGCCGAAGACCUUCCCAUUGGCACAGAGAUCGAUAUAAUUCAGGCUGAGAGCGAGCAGCCAGUCGUUUACAGCCUUGUGAAGGGAAACACUCCCGAGAGCAAUGAAGAUGAGGUUUUUGUCGUAGACAGAGACAGUGGAGCCUUGAAGCUGCAGAAGAGCCUCGACCAUGAGAUGACCAAAUGGUACCAACUCACUCUGCUGGCCCAAACCAAACAGGAGAGUUACGACAUAGUGGCGUCCGUCAACGUUAACAUCCAAGUGAAAGACCUGAACGACAACAAACCCGUCUUUGAGUCGGACCCUUAUGAGGCCGUCGUUGUGGAAAACCUUCAAAGCGGGGCCCAGUUGAUCCAAGUCCGAGCCACCGACCAAGACUCUGGAACCAACGGCCACAUUGUUUACAGUCUGGACCCCAAGCAGAACUCGCAGGAGAUCUCCGAGCUGUUUGCCGUCAACAGUGAAACCGGAUGGGUGACCACCUUAAAAGAGCUAGACCGCGAGAAGAUGGACAAAUACACGAUCGCCGUGAUCGCCACAGACCAAGGCGACAAGGUGCAACACGUUAACGGCACCAGAGUGGAGGUGACGGUCGCCGACGUGAACGACAACCCGCCCCGCUUCACUGCGGAGAUCUACAAAGGCACCGUGAGCGAAGACGACCCUCCUCCCAGCGGCGUGAUCGCCAUACUCAGCACCACGGAUGACGAUUCUGAGGACAUCAAUAAACAAGUCAACUUCUUCAUCACAGGAGGGGACCCGCUCGGCCAAUUUGCCAUCGAACACAUUCAGAAUGAAUGGAAGGUCUCAGUCAGGAAGCCCUUGGACCGUGAAGAGAAGGACAAUUAUCUCCUUAACAUUACUGCCAGUGACGGCAUCUUUACUGCCAAAGCUGUUGUAGAGGUCAAGGUGCUGGAUGCCAAUGACAACAGCCCCGUAUGUGAAAAGACCCUGUACAGUGAGAGCGUCCCAGAGGACUCUCCUGCUGGCAGGCUCGUCUUGCAGGUUUCUGCCAGAGAUGCCGACAUCCGCUCAAACGCCCAAAUCUCUUAUGAGCUUCAGGGAGUUGGAUCUGAAUUGUUCAUCAUCGACUCUGACACAGGGGAGUUGAAGACGUCCCAGCCGCUGGACCGAGAGGAGGAGGAGGAGCACAGGUUCAAAGUGCGGGCGGUGGACGGAGGAGGGCGCUACUGCGAGGCCGACGUCCACAUCGCCGUGGAGGACGUCAACGACAACCCGCCUCAGUUCUCAGCCGACCCCUACACCAUCACGGUGUUUGAGAACACGGAGAUAGGCACAUAUGUGGCUAAACUGCUGGCCAAUGAUGUGGAUGCUGGUCUGAACAGCGACAUCAUCUACUCGCUGGUCGACUCCGCUGAUGGGUUCUUCUCCAUCGACGACCACACUGGCGUGGUCAGCCUGGAGCGCCCUCUGGACCGCGAGGUGCAGCAGACGUACGAGCUGAAGGCCCGGGCCAGCGACCAGGGCUCCCCACGCCUCUCCUCGCUGUGCCAGGUGGUGAUCUCCGUCCUGGACAUCAACGACAACCCGCCGGUGUUUGAGCACCGCGAGUACACGGCGACCGUGUCUGAGGACGUGACGGUGGGGACGCAGGUGGUCAGAGUGCAGGCGGCGAGCCGGGACACGGAGGCUAACGGAGAGAUCUCCUACAGCAUCAUCAGCGGGAACGAGCACGGCUUGUUCAGUGUGGAGCCGCGGACUGGUGACAUCUUUGUGAUCGAGCCGUUGGACUACGAGGUCUCCCAUGAAUACUACAUCACCAUAGAGGCUACAGAUGGCGGCUCACCGCCGCUCAGCGACAUGGCCACCGUGAACAUCAACCUGACUGAUGUCAACGACAACAGACCCGUCUUCAGCCAGGACAUCUACACAGCCGUCGUCAGUGAGGACGCCGAGCUGGCAAAGAGAGUUCUGGUGGUGGUGGCGGAGGACAUCGACGGGCCGUCUUACGAUCACGUGCGCUACUCCAUCGUCGACGGCAACCAGGGCAGCCCGUUCACCAUCGACCCGCUCCGAGGAGAGCUGAGAGUGGCUCGCCAGCUGGACAGAGAGCGAACGUCAGGGUACACUCUGAUGGUGGUAGCCUCGGACAACGGGGCGCCCCCCCUCUCCAGCAGCUGCAUGAUCAACAUAGACAUCUCAGACGUCAACGACAACCCGCCGCUGUUCUCCCAGGCUAACUAUAGCCUCAUCAUCCAGGAGAAUCGACCAAAAGGCACAAGUGUUCUCCAGCUCGCCGUAACCGAUCGGGACGCUUCCCACAACGGCCCACCUUUCACCUUUGCCAUCGUGGACGGGAAUGAGGGCGAUGCUUUCCACAUCAAUCAGCAGGGAGCUCUAGUGGCCGUGGGGGCGCUGAAUAGGAAAAGUAAAGAACACUACCUACUUGAAGCGCAGGUGUUAGACAGCGGCAAGCCUCCGCUCUUCUCCACCGCCUUCAUCAGCGUGAGAAUCAUCGAGGAGAGCGUCUACCCUCCCGCCAUUCUCCCGCUGGACAUCUUCGUGACCACCGCCACUGAUGAAUACCCCGGCGGCGUCCUGGGAAAGAUCCACGCCACCGACCAGGACAUCUACGACACGCUCACCUACAGCCUCGCCCCCUCCUCCUCCUCCGCCUCGGACGAGGGCGGCGCCCUGUUUUCCGUCGCCGCCUCUGACGGUAAAGUCAUCGCCCUGCGGCCCCUGGACGUGGGCCACUACCCGCUCAACGUGACGGUGACCGACGGGCGCUUCACCACGGCGGCUGACGUCACCUUGCACGUCCGCCAGGCAACCCGCCAGGCCCUGGACAACUCUAUCGCGGUGCGUUUUGCAAAUAUCGCCCCUGAGGAGUUCAUCGGGGACUACUGGCGCAACUUCCAGCGGGCGCUGAGGAACAUCGCCGGCGUCCGGAGGAGCGAAGUGCAACUAGUGAGUCUGCAGCCGUCAGAGCAGGGAGACCUGGACGUGCUGCUGGCGCUGGAGAGGUCUGGGAGCCCGUACCAGUCUCAGGAGGUGGUCUUCCGUAAGCUGAACUCGUCUGCGGCUGUGAUCGAGGAGAUGACGGGGGUGCGGAUCGUCCGGGUGAUGCAGAAGCUUUGUGCAGGUCUGGACUGUCCGCUGAGCUUCUGCGAUGAGGUCAUCUCUUUGGACAAGACCGCCAUGUCCACUUACAGCACGGCUCGCCUCAGCUUCGUCACCCCGAGACACCUGAGGACCGCCACCUGCCAGUGUGAAGGCGGCAGGUGUCCCGUGUUGAACAACCUGUGUGAGAACAGCCCCUGUCCGGAGGGGAUGGAGUGUGUGGCAGAUCCUAGAGAAACCGUCUACAGUUGUGUGUGUCCAGAGGGCAAAAAGGGCAAAUGCUCUGACGGCCACUCGCUGACGUUCAGUGGCAGCGGCUACGUGAAAUACCUCCUGAUGGAGAACGAGAACAAGGAGCUGAUGAAACUGUCCCUGAGGCUCCGCACCUUCUCCAGCCAUGCAACCGUCAUGUACGCCAAAGGCACCGACUACAGCAUCCUCGAGAUCGUCAACGGGCGUCUGCAGUACAAGUUUGACUGCGGCAGCGGGCCGGGCCUGGUGUCGGUCCACAGCGCGCAGGUUAACGACGGCGAGUGGCACACGCUCACGCUGGAGGUGGACGGCAACUACGCUAAGCUGGUGCUGGACCGGGUGCACGCCGCCUCGGGCACGGCGCCGGGCACCCUGCGGACCCUCAACCUGGACAACAGCAUUUACUUCGGGGGUCACGUCCGCCAGCUGGCCUCGGCUCGCCACGGGCGCAGCCUGCCGGUCACCAACGGGCUCCGCGGCUGCAUGGAGGCCAUCAGCCUGAACGGCCAGGAGCUGCCUCUCAACACCAAGGCGCAUCGGGCGCACGCCGUGCUGGAGGACAUCGUGGACGUGACUCCGGGCUGCGCGCUCGCUCCUGCUGAGAGCUGCUCCAGCAACCCGUGCACCAACGGAGGCAGCUGCACCUCGCUGCCUAACGGAGGCUACUUCUGUAAGUGUCCUGCCUCGUUCAUGGGCACCCACUGUGAGAUCGGCAUCAGCCCUUGUGCCUCCAACCCCUGCCUGUACGGGGGCACCUGUGUCCCUCGGGCAGGUGACUUCUACUGCCAGUGCAGAGGACAGUACUCAGGGCAAAGGUGCCAGUUGGGGCCGUACUGCAGAGACAACCCCUGUAAAAACAGCGGGAAGUGUAUUGACAGUCUGGACGGUCCAGUGUGUGAGUGUGAAUCAGGUUUCCAGGGAGACAGGUGCCUGAGUGACGUUGACGAGUGCAUUAAGAACCCGUGUUCUAACGGCGGCCAGUGCCAGAACCUGUACGGCUCCUACAAGUGCAACUGCUCGCUGGGCUUCAGCGGACAGAUGUGCGAGCUCCGCGCCGAGGUCCGCAACGAAUUCGUCUCCACGUCCUGGAACAUCGGCCUGGAGGAGGUCAUCGGCAUCGUGGUCUUUGUGUCCAGCAUCUUCAUCCUGGUCCUCCUCUUCAUCAUCAUCCGCAAGAAGGCCUGUCGCAGAAAGUCGAAGAACGACGACGACAGCAAACACCUGGGCGGCUCCGGCAUGCCGCACUCCUUCCUCCAGAGGCCGUACUUUGACGCCAAACUCAACAAGAACAUCUACUCCGACAUCCCGCCGCAGGUCCCCGUCAGGCCCAUCUCGUACACUCCCAGCAUUCCCAGCGACUCCAGGAACAACCUGGACCGGAACUCGUUCGAGGGCUCGGCCAUCCCGGAGCACCCGGAGUUCAGCACCUUCAACCCGGACUCCGUGCACGGACACCGCAAGACCGUGGCGGUGUGCAGCGUAGCCCCCAACCUCCCCCCUCCCCCUCCCUCCAACUCCGUCUCAGACAGCGACUCGAUCCAGAAGCCAAACUGGGACUAUGAUUACGAUGCUAAAGUGGUGGACUUGGACCCGUGCCUGAAGAAGCCUGUGGAGGACAGCGCCUGUCACCCCUACAACACCAGGGGCAGCAUGUCUGAGGUCCAGUCCCUCAGCUCCUUCCAGUCUGAGUCCUGCGAUGAUAACGAGUCUUUUUUGGCUCAUGAUCUCAAGAACCCAAGAGGAUAUCACUGGGACACAUCUGAUUGGAUGCCAAGUGUUCAACUUCCUGGAAUCCAGGAGUUUCCUCAGUAUGAGGUUGUGGAGUCACCCGCCCCUCUGUACAGCGACCCGAACGCCAUCGACACCGACUACUAUCCCGGCGGCUUCGACAUUGAGAGCGACUUCCCUCCGCCGCCGGAGGACUUCCCCGCCAACGACGACCUGCCGCCUCCACCUCUGCCGGAGUACGCCGACCGCUGCGACACGCUGCGGCCCAGAGAUUUCGACCCGUCUGCGAGCGGUCCGGGCAGCCCGGCCGGGGUCCGCCAGCGCCCCGCCCUGCCUCAGCUCUACAGCCUUAACCAGUACCUGCCACAGCACUCCUACCCCAGCGACGGGGGGGACGCCGAGGGCCACGGUGCCACUUCCACCUCCAGCAGCACCACCCCGGCCUCCACCCUGGGCGCCGGUGGCGGCUACAGAGGGGGGUACCCUUUAGGCUGUAGUCGGGACUUUGACUCCUCGGCUCUGGACAACAUGUCCUUGUCUCUGUACACGUCCACAGCCUCCUGCUCGGACAUGUCGGCGUGCUGCGAGGAGUCCGAGGUGAUGAUAAGCGACUACGAGAGCGGCGACGAGGGCCACUUUGAGCGUCUGGCCAUCCCGGCCCUGGACUCCCAACAGCACACUGAAGUCUGACACUGGAUCCAAACAAAAGUGCCUGAACCCACAGCUACACCUUAUGUUAACCCCUCACACACCACCCACAGUAUGUGUACACACACACACACACACACACACACACAGACAUAAUACAUGGACACACACAUGAUGAAUUAAGUGUAAACACAGGGGUUGUUGAGACUGGUUGUGAAGGCCAAUCGGCUGAGAAGAUCUCAUGAAGCUAUUGGAGAGACUCUGUAGCAUCUCAACAUCUGCUCAGUCCAACUCCUGCCCCGACGAGUUGGCGGCGCCAUCGCUUUAAGUCAUCACACACAGGAAGUGGAUUGUCUGAAGGGUCAGCAUUUCAAUGUACAACAGGAAAAGCAUCAUGAGAAAAAAAAAGAAUAUUUCACGACAGUAUCUUCGUUUCUAUAAAUACAAACCAAGCAAAAUGUUUUUAUACCAGUCCUCAUUUUCAAUGUAAAUUUAAAUGUACAGUUUUGAUUUCAAAGUUUACUAGGUUUUGUAGAUAUUCUAUGCUUUUAUUUUCGACAAAAAAAGAGUUAAAUGGUGUGACAUUAUCAGCCUUACUGUGCUUACAUUCACGAGAAAAAAAAGGAAAAAAAAGAGAGAAGAAAAGAGCGUGGCUUUUCCGAAACACAGUGUACUCGUAAAGUUUAUCGUCUCCUGCUCAUUUCAAAAAGGGUCUUCAACGAACGACUGCAUAUUCUUGUUGUUUUUUUUAAUUUGUUUGUUUGUAAAUUUUGACUUUGGAACCUCUUUAUUUUUCCACCAAGAAAAUGGGACCCAAUAUAUUUAUAGUGCAGAGUUAUCCAUGGACACGUGACUUUUUCAGGUGUCUAUGUGUGUGUGAGCAAUGCUAUGGUCUUGUUAAGGUUUUUAUUGAAUACUGCCACAAGCUCACGCUUUCCUACUGGCAAUAAAUUAUUCCUAAAAAAUA